UGGGUAAGAGGAAACCCUAAAGUGCCUUGGCUCAACCAGCUUCUCGUCUUCUUUCCCUCUCUUUUUACUCACACCCGUUGGACGUGUGUCCGCUCAGGACAAGAAUGGCAGCAUCCUCCGCACAGAGAACACACAGGCCCUGCAUAAUGCCGCCUUUUGCUUUGCUCCUCAUCGUUUCAUUUUUAAAUGCAGGAGUCAUGGCGCAGACAAACGAAACAGCGCCGGAUAUGGGAUCGUCGAUAGUACGUGGAGACAUGGUCCAAAAGCCAUUAGAAGUUCCUGCAAAUGAUUCACAAGGUCAAAGGUCGGUAUUUCCUAUUGAUGAAGAAGGAAAUCAAGUGGUUACAGCAGCUACAGCAGCUACAACUACACAGAAGCCGGGAAACAAUGAUUACAGUCAAACUGAAGCUACACAGAAGGGAUUUGGUGCAACAGAAUUUACACUUGUGGUACGCACAGAAAUUCUGGAAUCAGAUACUCCAGCACCUUCAAGAGGUGACGGACCUAACAAUAAACCAAAGCCGGUGCCAAAGGAUGAUGUCAGAUGCGUGAGCAAAGAGGUUAUCGAAGACAGAAGUGCUGUCAGUCUGAAACUCAAGGCAUCCUCCAACUGUGAGCAAUCUAAAGUGAAAAUUCAAAGCGUUCUACAAGAGCUAUGUAGUGAGGACUGUAAAUUAGAGAUCUAUCAGGAAAACAACUCAGAUGAAAUCCUUGUGUCUGGGAAAUAUGUUGAAGAUGAUGUUACAGGCAUGGCUAACAAGUUCAACAACGACAACAUAAAAGACAAGACUGAUGUGAAGGAGGCUGUUCCUCGCUGGGGAAAGAACUCAAAGUUGGUACUGGUUUCCUUGCUACUGACUGGCCUGUUGCUGGCUGCUCUGCUGGUGGCUGGUUAUUACCUCAAGACGCACCGCAAGAACUCAAAAGGAGUCCGACUGGCUGAGUCUUUUCAGGUUGAUGAGGAGAACCAGGCCAAUACACUGGUGUCUGUUGCACCCCUGCCCCAGGAGCCAGUUGAUAAGCCCACUGUCAAUGGAGAGUCUCCUCCAGAAAAUGGGACCAAUGCUACUCCCACUACCAAUGGACACUCUGCCACCCAGACCCCCGUGGCUGACACAGAGAUGUGAAUCACGACACCUUCAACCUCUUUUGCCAGUCAUCCUCUGGGACCCACUGGUCUCUCAUCCUCAGUGUGCAAAUUGAGAUAAAUUCAACAAUUUUUCUCUCCUCAAUCCAUGCCAUUCUGAAUGAUAACAACAACAAAGUCCCUGCUGACAAUAUAAUGACAGCGGGGACUGUUCCUCCAAUGUGAAAAGUUUGGGAAUACUUACUUUUGCCAAAUUCAAGAGACGCUAUGCACGCUGACUGACUGGGAUUUGUCUUUUGACUUUUUAAUAUAGUUGAAACAAUCUUUGUAGGAUAGUCAAAUAAUGCCAUAUAUGUCAUAUAAUGUUGAUUCGUGACAAAGAAGCAGAAGAUGCUUUGUUAUUUCAACCAACAAUUGUGUUGCAGUGAAACAGUGAAGCCAGGCAGCUGAAUGGUGACCAGUUUUUAUACCGUUUGACUCGGCUAUAAAAAGGACUGACACUCUCCCAUCACUUUUUUUGAAACGCUUCUGUAUUUGCCAUAAACUAAAUGGAAUUUAGUUUAUGAAUUGACUGAAUU